AUGAUUGUUGUGGACUUUUUUACAGCGGGUAAAACUCUGCAAAUAUUCAACAUUGAGCUGAAAGCGAAGGUAAAAGCACAUCAAAAUGCCGAGGAGAUCAUUUUCUGGAAGUGGAUUAAUGAGAAAACAAUCGCUUUGGUCAGUGAGACAGCUGUCUACCACUGGUCUAUCGAAGGAGAAAGUGCACCAACGAAAAUGUUUGAACGACAUCAGUCGUUGGCUGGUAGUCAAAUUAUCAACUAUCGUGCUGACGCCGAAUGCAAGUGGUUGGUUCUUGUUGGGAUAGCUGCGAAGGAAAAUCGCGUUGUUGGAAGUAUGCAGCUGUACAGCACCGAACGACGGGUCUCACAACCGAUCGAAGGGCACGCCGCUUCUUUCGUUCGCUUUAAGAUGGACGGAAAUCCUCACCCAUCCAACUUGUUCUGUUUCUCUGUUAAGAAUGAGGCCGGAGGCAAACUUCACGUCAUUGAAGUCGGGUCACCUCCUGCUGGAAACCAACCUUUCCCGAAGAAAGCCGUCGAUGUUCCGUACACCGCCGAGACCGCUAAUGACUUCCCAGUUUCGAUGCAG